CCUCUCCGUUCCAAACCAUCUACUGAUCUACACCCCCUCCUUAUUCCUAUCGUUUCUUUAUUCUUCUCUGAUUCUUCUUCUUCUUCACCGGUCGUCUCGCUGCUGUUCGGCACUGUUACGAACCGACCGUUCACGGUUCCAAAAGAACUUGAACCGGUUUCGAUUCCGGUUAAACGGUUCAAAACCGACGAACCGCCGGUCCAGUUCGAAACCGCAUGGGGAAGUUUGUCUAUGACAUGAUCAGUAACGGCACGAGUUUCGAAACAGGCCACCUCGCAGUUGGAAACCGAUUGCGCUGCUGUUCUUGGAGGGUUGGGUUUCGCUAUAUCAUCAUAUCAUCAAAUCAAUGUCCCUCAGCAGCCGCGGGUUUCUCUGCUUCACCUUGUUUCUCUGCUCGAUUUCCGUCGGUUUACCGGCGGACCCAUUUGUGUUCUACGAUUGGACUGUGGACUAUCUCACUGCCUCCCCUCUCGGGAUCAAGCAACAGGUGAUUGGUAUAGAGGGGCAAUUUCCGGGCCCUGUUUUGAACGUCACCACGAAUUGGAAUGUCGUCAUCAAUGUUAAAAAUAAUCUCGAUGAGCCAUUUCUAUUAACAUGGAAUGGAAUUCAACAAAGAAAGAAUUCAUGGCAGGACGGUGUUUCGGGGACAAAUUGCCCGAUUCCCGCCGGUUGGAAUUGGACAUAUCAGUUUCAGGUGAAAGACCAGAUAGGGAGUUUCUUUUAUUUUCCAUCCCUUGGAUUCCAACGAGCCAGUGGUGGAUAUGGCGGUAUUGUUGUCAACAAUCGAGAUGUUAUUCCCGUACCUUUUGCAACCCCCGAUGGCGAUGUUAACCUCUUUAUCGGUGAUUGGUACAUAAAGAAUCACAAGGAACUCAGAAAUGACCUCGAGUCAGGGGACAGCCUUGCAGCCCCAGAUGGAGUCUUGAUCAAUGGUCUCGGCCCUUAUCAAUUUGAUAGGGCCGUGGUACGAGACGGGAUUCCUUACCAAAUAAUAAACGUCGAACCAGGUAAAACCUAUCGCUUACGAGUCCACAAUGUCGGGAUCUCGACUAGCUUAAACUUCAGGAUCCAAAACCAUGACUUGGUUCUAGUGGAAACUGAAGGGUCUUACACGGUGCAACAGAAAUACUCGAACAUGGACAUACAUGUUGGCCAGUCGUACUCAUUUUUGGUUACGAUGGACCAAAAUGCUACAAAUGAUUAUUACAUCGUCGCCAGUCCAAGGCUUUUUGAUUCCUCGAACUGGACCAAACCUCCCGGAGUCGCUAUAUUGCAUUAUUCAAAUUCACAAGGCCCUGCUUCGGGUCCACUUCCUGGCCUCCCUAAUGAAUUCGACACCUAUUUCUCGAUGAAUCAGGCAAGAUCCAUAAGAUGGAAUGUUUCUGCUGGAGCCGCUCGUCCGAACCCUCAGGGAUCAUUCAGAUAUGGCGAGAUAACUGUGACUGAUGUAUUCGUCAUCCUUAACCGGCCAGCUGAGUUGAUUGAUGGAAAACGGCGUACUACUUUAAAUGGGAUUUCAUACUUAGCUCCUUCUACACCUCUCACACUUGCUAGGCAAUUUAAGGUCCCGGGGGUCUUCAAGCUUGAUUUUCCUAACAGGUUCAUGAAUAGGCCUGCAAAGCUCGAUGCAUCCGUGAUUAAUGGAACUUUCAAAGGAUUUGUCGAAAUUAUUUUCCAGAACAACGACACAGUAGUUCAGAGUUACCAUCUUGAUGGCUACGCCUUCUUCGUUGUCGGGAUGGACUACGGAGUGUGGACGGAGAACAGCCGAAGCACAUAUAACAAAUGGGAUGGUGUGGCUCGUUCUACUACCCAGGUGUUUCCCGGUGCAUGGUCAGCCAUAUUAGUGUUUCUGGACAAUGCCGGGAUGUGGAACCUGCGUUCCCAGAAUCUCGACUCAUGGUAUCUCGGUCAGGAAGUUUACAUCAACGCUGUGAAUCCGGAGAAUGACAACACAGAGGUUGAGUUGCCCGAGAACACCAUUUAUUGCGGUGAACUCUCUUCGUUGCAGAAGGACCAGGCUCGAAGAGUGAACUUCUCCUCAGCCCCGAUGCCGCUGUCUCCCAUUGAUGCAAUGGUUAAGGUGGUUCUGGUGGCAGUGAUGGUUGCUUUAAGAGGAGUUUUUGACAUCUCCGGCACCAUAUAACUGCUCGAAUGUCUCAACACGCUCGAAUGUCUCAACACCGGCAGCCAACCAUCUGUACUAUAUAUAUAUAUAUAUAUAUAUGUGUGUGUAGGAAGGCUAACUAGUUUGUAUCUUUGGAGGAACAGCAUUGAUUUAUUUUGAAUCUUUGAAGAGCUGUAUAUAGAUCUAUGAUAUGUUGCAUUAAUGUAUUUGUAUUUUCUUCA